AUGUAUCGGCUGCUCUUGCAGGCCUUGAUUCUGCUGCAGGGGCAAAACGCUCUGGCAGCAUGGGUCAUCGACCUCAGCCCCCUAGAACCGCAUGCAUGCCGGAACUUGGCAGAAGCUGCCACAGCAUCGCAGACUGCUCUUUGUGGAUUACAGUUCGGCCAGAGUUCAUUGGACACUCAAUUUUUUGAGUUGAUCCAAGCGCCGGCGGACGCCAACCAGUACGGUUCAUGUGGAUCGAGCUGCGCCUGGUUCAGGCGCUUGACUAUGUCACACAUCGUCAAUGCCUCACAAGAGCAGCUCGAUGCCGUCAAGCUCGAAAUAUUCCAAAACCUGGAUGAUGCGUCGGCGUUUGCCGCGAAUUCUGCACGUGCCAAGAAGUUAGAAGCUUCAUUGCAAACCUGGAAGUCGCGGAAGACAACAGUCCAAACACAGCGCAGUUUCGUGGUCGACGGCACCUUCAACGAGUCUCUGGAUUUGAGUCAAGUGGGCUGGAAGAAGCUCACAGCUUCCAUAGCAAGAGCCGAAAAGGCCAGCCUCGAAGCCACGCUCGCUAAAGCUGUUGACAAACGUCCGAUGCAGGAAAGCUUUGCCAACUGGAAGCAGUCCGCCAGGCAGUACGAGAACUUCCUCCAAGCCCAGCUACUACACGAGAUCCAUACAGGACAGUCAUUGCGACAGCAGGAAGCCAGCACGAACGCAAGCAUCGAAGGAGCGCUGAAGAUCGGCGACUACGGCGCAGUCAAUCAGAUCCGUGGCCGUGCGCAACGACUAAGAGCUUCGUUGCAUGCCUCCGCUGAGCGGACGGCCGGCUUCAGAGUUGUCGUCGACGCCCUUGCGUCCCAUCUCAAGGCACUUGCCGCCAACGGUAGGGAUGAUUCGUGGCUCAGUUUCCGCAAAGAGGUGGAGAAACAUGCGAAGCUUUUGGACAAGUUGAAGCUUCAGGAUGAAGUUCAAGCAGUGGACGAUGCACGAGCUGACUACCGCAAGCAGACGAAAUCCGUGGACAAGCUCCACAAAGAAGUGACGGCAUGCCAUCAGCGCGCGCAGGGCUUUUACGAGCAGAUUCUGCAGAGUGCCAUGGCAGAGCGGCCACGGGGUGACAAGCUGCCAGCCACUUGCAGCCAAAUGCUGCCCGAGCUUGCCGCCGUGAAGAUUGCCCUGGGAAAGCAGGUUGAGCUGGAGAACAUGUUAGUGCUCAAACGCCUGGCUUAUGCACCGUAUACAUCCAAGCAUCUUGUCAUUCACAUUCCGGAGGACUUGAACAUCGACAUUGCCACAGGCGAUGGCAUUCAUCGACUUGCUUCGGAAUUGGCCAAGCAACGUGGCACCCGAGAGCUUGAGCUCACGCCGCGCGACAUACAGGAUAGCUCUUCAAGCUGGACACGGGCAACUCUGCACUUGCGAUUGGGCCAUGCAGCCCCCGCCAUCCCCGAAGAAACUGGAAUCCCAGUGAUUCUUGCCUCUGCAUAUUUCGAAGAGCUUUUCUUCGAAAGCUCUCCUUUAGAAGUGCAGCGGAGCCAGCACAUUUUCUUCGGCACUAUCGGUGCGUGCGGGCUCCUUGUGGCCAUUACAAUGAGUUGCGUAGAAUUCGGGAAGAGUAGCGAAACUCUGCAGCACACCGCAGCAACAAGCUACGAGCUCCUCAUUCAGAAUCCCACAGCUGGAGCGCUUCCUUCGGAUCAGCUCGUGUUCCUUCCAGCCUUGGUCCUCCUACAUGGACUGUCGCUGACGUGCAUUGCAGCCGCAGGUUCAGACACCACCCGCUGCUUAAGUGGCUUCCCAUGGCUCCCGCACUAUUGCUACGGCGUGGUUCAGUUCCUUCUGCGCACGUACGAGAUCUACCUCUACAAGCAGAUUAGUGGUCCCGGAGUUGGCUUAGCCUCCGCUCUCUGUCUCUCCGGUCUCGGCUGUCUGGGGGCCCUUGACUUCUACACAGAUGUUUGCUUCUACUACGUCAUGAAGCAUUGCGCUGGUCUUGUAACCAUCUGUGGCUUCGAAAUUUGGCAGAUCUCGCAAUGUCUCCUUGUCGUGGGUGUCCUGAUUGCCCAGGUUCUGCUCCCAGCUGCUCGUGCCUUCACCUAUCCGGGGCAGCGCAACCUAAUCAUGCUGAAGCUCUUGAACUUCGACCUCCUUGCGGACGUCUACACCCCCAGAACGGACUUCGAGGAAGAGGCCGAUCUCGACGGCUGGAAGAAGACGAAGGCCUUGGUUGGCUUCUUCUUGACACUUCUGCGAUUUUCUCUGGAAGAUGGGCCUCAAUUCUGGCUGCAAUGGCGAUUUGUCACUUCCGUUGGCAAAAGCGGCCUAGUCCAAGCUUCACUUGCUAUCGGAAUACUUGCUUCCGCUGGCGGCUUCGCGAAGUCCAUCUACGAGCUGUGCCAGAAGUGGCAUGUGGCUGCAGCAGACGAGCGGAACGCAAGCAACUGCUGCAGCGACUUUCUGGUUUUCCUGCGCCGGGUGCUCUUGGGGCGCAUUGCGUUGCCCCACACGGAUUACCAGGAAGCUUGUUGGCAAGGCAGCUACGAGUAUGAUGCGCUUGGUGGAAGCUAUAUUCCACAGGGUUUUGGCAAAGUUGUAGGGCUUGCUGGAGAAAUACCGGCGAAGCACGACGCCUCAGGUUUGCACAUCACGUCGUCAGGCGACCUGCCUGCGUGCCACGUCUCGCAGGGCAGGCUGUUCCCGUUCUUUGUGAAGGCCGCUCUAGCUAUGAAAGCACGAGAAUGGUCGGUGCUUCGUGGCAUGCGAGAUGUCGAUGGUUGCUGGGAAGAUCUUCCUCGUGAGCUGGUGGAGAAGAUUGAGGCUGAGAUCGCCAAGGCCGAAGCCGAAGCCAAGGCCAAGGCCGAUGCCGAAGCCAAGGCCAAGGCCGAAGCCGAAGCCAAGGCCAAGGCCGAUGCCGAAGCCAAGGCACGCAAGCAUGAAUGGGUAUGCUUCGGAGCAGGUUGUUUCGUGGACUGA